AUGGUAGCGCAACUUGUUCAGUCAUUUGCUGCUGGCGCUUGGGCUACAAUUUUUCUCAGCAUACAUGUCGCCACUCAGACGAACCUUUCGAUGUUCUCCGAAACGCUGCAGAUGAUUUCUACCAACGUCCGGCCACAUAUCGAGAAUAUUGGCCACUCCAUAUACGUGAAUCCAGAGACAGCACUUGAAGAGUAUUUUGCCACCAGUACAACCAUAGGCUACUUUGAUGACAAUCCUUUCAAUGUCACUAAGCAAGCAUAUGGCUUCGAAACGUUUCUGAAGCUCACAUUUGAAAAUCUUCCAGCUGGAUACGGAGGAAACGUCCCGACUCUCGCGUUUCUGCUGGAGUACGAUGCCCUUCCAGAGGUGAAGCACGCAUGCGGGCAUAAUCUCAUUGCUACUGUCGGGCUUACCGCAGCUACCAUGACCCGCGAGGCUUUGCUAUACUAUAAUAUCCCUGCACGAGUCGUCGUUCACGGCUGCUUCGAUGAGGAAGACACGGACGGCAAGCGCCUUCUGCUCAACGCCGGGGCAUUCGAUGACGAAUAUGCCAUCUUUAUGAUGGCCAACCCGACGGCUACCAGCGCCGUCCAACCUAUGCAAGCUCGGAUAGAUGUCAAGGUCGAACUCAGCGGCAGUACCCACUUUGAAGUAGUGGGAAAAACUUACCAGGUGCUAGCUACCAUUCAAGAUUUGGCAGAUAGCCCUCCUGGCCAUUCUUCGACGGCCUCUAGCAUCGAACAAAUCGGCAUGGGCCGCGAUGUCGCAUUUGCCACCCAGGCGUAUACCCUCAGUGAGAAUGAGAGCGGCGUAGUGAUCAUGUUCACAGGCCCUGGACGACACGCUUCGGAAGGAAACAAACUCGGAAUAACGGUCUCCGUCCGUCCUCGAUAUACUGUCGAGCUCGAGGAAGUCAGAUCUUAUAUCGACAACGCCAUAUGGGAGCUGUCCGACUCAGUUACAUAUGACAUCCCAUAUCCAGCGCUGGAAGUCCACGAAGAACUGGGGCAAUACUUCAUAGACCUGAUGGCAACGCCAGAAUUUAGCGAUAACUCUUGGGCGUUCUCCAGCAUCGCGCCAGCUGCAACUGACGCUUCACUCGUUCAAAACCCCACAAUCAAUGAGACUUCGUAUGAAUUGCUCAGCACCAGCCGUGUUAUCUUUCAUCCCAAUUACGGGAUUUGUGAUACGUCGACUGUUGCAAGCUGUCCCUUUAACCACGAACCCGAGUUCGAUGAUAUUGCCGACUUAGAUUAUGCGUAUAUGCAAGCUGAAAGGUGGCGAGGGCGUUAG